AUGACGUUCUCAGCUAGACGGGAUUGGAUCAUGUUCCCAGCCACUGUUGGUGAGAUUGAGGACCUAUUCCACACGGAGUAUUACAACUUCCAUGAAAAGGAAUCCGGUGGUCUUCGCAUGGCAUGCGACGACUACAAACUUCCACAGCACGUUCGCGAACAUGUCGACUACAUCACGCCCACAAUACAGCUCGACGGCUUACGUCCAAUGGCUCAUGUACAAACAGCGACGAAGCCCAUGGCUAUUGCUGAUCAUAUCACUGCCCAUGGUGGUGCGGAUGAUCUGUCGACCUGUCACAUCUUUUUUACCGUCCAUUGCUUCCGCGCUCUGUACAACGUUCCCAUUGCCAGUCACAACAAUACCGGAAAUGAGCUUGGUAUUUUCGGGCUUGGUAACUAUCUCUAUCUUCCAGACUUCAAAGAAUACUUGAGAAACUGGACGUCCCCUCGGAUUCCCCUGGAUGUUGAGCCAGAAUCCGUCUACGUUUAUGGUGGCAAACCCGGAGAUCUGUCUCUGGCAGAAGCUGACAAGACAGGUGAGACUGCUUUGGACGUUCAGGCCUCGACCUCCAUCAUCUACCCUCAAAAGGUACGAUUCUAUCAAAUUGGCCAGUCGAAGUAUAUUAACGGUUUCGAUUUAUUUCUGGACGCGUUGGAUCCUACAUACUGUACCCACCCGGGCGGCAACGAGCAGUACCUUGGCCCGGGAUUCCCCGAAAACGAUGAAGGAGAAGGCACAAAGAACGGACCAUGCGGAGGUGCGCCAAUGAGCAACGUCAUCUCCAUCUCAUACAGCUUUUUGGAGAGCCAGCUCUCUCGUGCUUACCUUGAACGCCAAUGUCACGAGUACAUGAAGCUGGGGUUGCAAGGCGUCACCAUCGUUGCCGCAUCAGGAGAUAUUGGCGCUGGGUCUUCCGACGAGCAGUUCCCACCAUCAUUCCCUUGCACAUGCCCUUAUGUCCUUUGCGUCGGCGCCACAACAUUGCAAGAUGGUACCAUUGCCGGCGGCGAAAUGGCAGCCACGUUUUCCGGCGGUGGAUUUUCCAACGUCUUUCCCCGCCCAAGCUACCAGGACGACGCUGUCUCGGGCUGGCUUUCCAACUCAGCACCGGCAUACGGAGAAGGGCGCUAUAAUCGCUCAGGUCGCGCAUACCCAGAUGUCGCAGUCAUUGGCGUCAACUACCCAGUAGUGAUUCUCAAUACCACGAGACCUGUGAGUGGUGCGUCGGCUUCUGCACCCGGCUUUGCCAGCAUGAUCAAUAUGAUCAAUGACGAGCGAUUGGCGGAUGGCAAAGAACCACUUGGCACUUUGAACUGGGACAUAUACGACAAUCCGGAGAUAUUCAAUGAUAUUCUUGUGAGAUAUAAUCCGGGAGGCGGUAUGGAUGGCUUCCCAGCGGGUCCGGGAUGGGAUAUGGCUUCGGGACUCGGGAGUCCGCAGUAUGAUAAGAUGCGGGAAGUGUUAUUGUCAGAUCUGUGA